CGGAGGAGGAAGUGUUGUCAGGCAGUAACAUGUCCGGGGGAAACAAAGCCUUUGAGUUACAGCUUCAGAUGCGGCAAAACGCGGAGGAUCUGCACGGCUUCAUGAGGGAGCUGGAGAGCUGGGAGACGGACAUCAAGAAGAAGGACGAGGAGCUGAGGACAGGAGGACACCAGGAGGACCAGAAGAAGCUCCCACCAGUGCGCAACAAAGACUACAAAACAAAGAUGAGGGAAAGGAAGAAGAAGAAGAAGGAGGGCAACGGAGACACAAAGACAGAGGAGUCCAAGGAAGCUUCGAGGAUAAAAGCAUACGACUACAGAUCGUGGGACAAGUUUGACGUGGACAAGGCUCUGGCAGAGAUGGACAAGGAGGAGAGUCCCGCAGAGUCGAACGAGUCGGACUCUGAGGAAGCUGCAGCGGAUCAGGAGAGAGCGCUGGCUGAGAAAGAAAAGGGUAAUGCUUUUUUCAAAGAAGGGAAGUACGACGACGCCAUUGAGUGUUACACCAGAGGGAUGGGUGCCGAUCCUUACAACCCUGUGCUCCCUACAAACAGAGCCACCUCCUUCUUCAGACUCAAAAAGUUUGCUGUGGCAGAGUCCGACUGCAACUUGGCGAUCGCUCUGGACAGCAACUACUUCAAAGCGUACGCACGAAGAGGAGCAGCACGGUUUGCACUGAAGAAAUAUGAAUCUGCGUUAGAAG